GUUACAACCCCGAAUGCAAAAUCAAAGUGGAUGAAGUUAGGGUUCGUUUCUUUAUGCGGGAAAAUCGGGAUGCAUAUUUGGCUCCAGAUUUAGACGACAGUAACGAAAUCCAUGGAAUGAUUAAAGAAGACAGGUAUAAAUUUGAGCCUGUAAUUUCCUGUAGGAUGGGCGUCCGGUGGUAUUUGGGUUGUCCUCAGGUCUAUCGCCGGCGGAGGACAAACCACCAUGGACGGCGUUGGCGUAGCCUUAACAACGGCUAUAGCAAUUGAUAAAGAUAAGAAUAGCCAACAUGCAGUUAAAUGGGCUCUUGAGAACGUCGUCGACAAUAUUUCAUGCGUUGUGCUUCUUCAUGUUCUCACCCAAACCACUUUACCUGAUGAAGCCGGAAUUGGCAAGGAUGGUAGGCCCCCAACAGAAGCUGAAAUGCAACAGUUUUUCCAACCUUUUUCUUCACUUUGUGCUCUCAAAGGGGUUAGAACAAAGGAGGUUGUCUUAAAGGAUUCAGACGCUUCCAAUGCACUUAUUCUAUACGUCACCAGGAACGCCAUAACUCAUCUUGUGGUUGGUUAUCGAUCCCGUUUAACCAGGGCAUUCAAAAGCAGUUCAGAUGUGGCAUCCAGCCUACAAAGAUCAUUACCUGAUACUUGUAAUCUUUAUGCGGUUUCUAAAUCAAAAAAUCAAAAACUCAAAUCUGCCAUUCAGAGUCCUGCCCCUAACACCUUGUCUGCAUCAACAAAUGGAACACAAAGCUCCUCAGAAGAAGUGGAUUUAUGGAGCAAAUCCAAAUCCAAUUCUAUAAAUGGAACCAUUGGCUUUGGGAGAACACCAUUUGCAAGAAGCAUUGCAAGACGAGUGGGUCAUGAUGAUUUUACAGCCAUGGCUCCUAGAGACAGUUUGUUAGCAAGUAGGACUACUGUGCCAACAGACCUCCAUGAUUUCAAUGCCAAAUCGUCUUGCAAGAUUUUAGACAAAUCGCGCACGUCAAAUGUCUACAUCUCUUCUCUAAAUACAGAUGCUCUAGACGAUGAAACCUUGAGGGUAAAACUUGAACUGAAGAAAUCGAUGGAUAUGUAUCACUCGCUUUGCAAAGAAGCAACAAAUGCUAAACAAAAGGAAACCGAGAUUUAUCAACAGAUGCCACCUGAGGCAGCAGAAGCUGCAAGAGCUAUGUUGGAGGUGGAGAAACAGAAGAGCAAAUCCGCCAUUGACGCAGCACAAAAAGCUCAACUUCUAGCAGAACUUGAAGCCCAUAAAAGAAGAAAGGCAGAACUCAAAGCCGAACACGAAGCAUCGGAAAGAAAAAAACUCAUUAUCACUUCAACCAAAUCCAACACUCAGUACAGAAAAUACACAAUUGAAGACAUAGAAAUCGCCACAGACUACUUCUCAAAUACCCUAAAAAUCGGUGAAGGAGGAUAUGGACCUGUUUUCAGAGGCAAUGUCGAUCACAUCUUCGUCGCCAUUAAAGUCUUACGUCCAGACAUCUCACAAGGAGAAACUCAAUUCCAAAAAGAAGUCGAGGUCUUAACCUGUAUACGACACCCUCACAUGGUUCUCCUCAUGGGCGCAUGCCCUGAAUACGGCUGUCUCAUCUACGAAUACAUGGAAAACGGAAGCUUAGAAGACCGACUCUUCAGAAAAAACAACACCCCAGUCCUCCCAUGGACUCUCCGUUUCAAAAUCUGCUUCGAAAUCGCCGCCGCCCUUCACUUCCUCCACCAAACCCGACCCCAGCCGCUAGUCCACCGUGACCUAAAACCCGGAAACAUUCUAUUAGAUCGGAACUUUGUGAGUAAAAUCAGCGAUGUAGGGUUAGCGAGACUGGUUCCGCCGGAAGUGGCGGACGAUGGUGCCCAGUACCACCACAUGACGGCGGCGGCGGGGACGUUUUGUUAUAUUGAUCCGGAGUAUCAACAGACGGGGAUAUUGGGGACGAAGUCGGAUAUUUAUUCGUUUGGGGUGAUUUUGUUACAGGUGAUUACUGCGAAGAGUCCGAUGGGGUUGACUCACCAGGUUUCGAAGGCGAUUAAAGAAGGGAAGUUUGUAGAUGUUGUUGAUCCGGCGGUGGCUGAUUGGCCGGUUGAGGAGACGAUGUGUUUAGCGAAACUUGGUUUGCAGUGUUGUGAUAUGAGGAAGAAGGGUAGGCCGGAUCUCGGGUCGGUUAUUUUGCCUCAACUUAAACGGCUUGGGGACUUUGGUAAUUCUUCAUAAAAAAGAGGACAUUGUUUGUAUAUAGUUAGCUAAACUAUAAAAUAAUAAAAUGAAAAAUCUGUAAAAUUAAAUAAAAAAAACUAGCGCUUUCCUAUAAAAUUACUUUGUAGAUGUAUCCGAGAGAGCAUUUUCCUAUAAAAUUACAUAGUCAAAACUAUUUGUUACUAA